GUAUGAAAUAUUCAUCUAUGCACUUUUGCUGAGGUGUCAGCAGGAGCAUGCCAGUUGUCAAUUUCUGACAUACAAGUUCGAUUAAUCAGCAAUCGUGUUUUCCAAUUUCACUUGUCGAAAAUAAAUGGUGAAUUAUUAGAAAAUGUCCAAGGAUCCUAAUCAGAAAGAAUCCAUUAUAAGAGCUGCGUACGCGGAUGUAAAUAAAUUCGGUCAAAAUGGUGAAUAUGAGAAAGCAGUUAAGGCCGUCAAUAGAAUUUUGGGAGUUGCACCAGACGAUCAGACAGCAUUACAUUGUAAAGUCGUUUGCCUCAUUCAACUGUCUAAAUUCGAAGAGGCUUAUAAAUUUAUAGACAAAAAUAAGCUGAGCUCCACUUUAGUAUUGGAGAAAGCCUAUUGCGAAUAUCGCUUGAAUAAACCAGACCAAGCAUUGAAAACUAUCGACAAUGCUAAUAUUAACCCACUACCAGAAAGCUUAAAGGAAUUGCGUGCACAAGUGCUUUAUCGCCAGGAACGUUAUGAGGAGUGUUUUGAUGCAUAUAAGGACAUUAUCAAAAACACUAAUGAUGAUUAUGAUAGUGAAAGACGCACAAAUUUGAGCGCUGUAGCUGCUAACUUAGCUGUGGAUAAGGAAAAGGAAAUACCCGAGCUCCCUGAAGAGACAUAUGAGCAAUAUUACAAUGCCGCUUCGAUUGCUUUAAACCGUCAAAAGUAUGGUGAUGCUGAAAAGAAACUUCGUGCAAGCGAAAAGUUGUGUCGUGAAACUUUAGAAACGGAUGGCGUUACUGAGGAGGAAAUGAGAGAGGAAUUGGAGCCUAUACGUGUGCAAUUGGCUUAUUGCUUGCAAAUGCAGGGCAAGUUGAAAGAAGCUGCAGUUAUAUAUGCAGAUUGCUUGCGAAACAAACCCAAGGAUCCAGCUUUAGUAGCUGUUGCUAGCAACAAUUCGGUGGUAAUGAACAAAGAUCAGAAUGUUUUCGAUUCCAAGAAGAAAAUACGAUCGGCAAUGUCCGACGCAUGCGAGUCCAAAUUAACAAGUCGUCAGAAGAAAGCAAUCGCAUUGAAUAAUUGUCUAUUGGCUUUUUAUACCAACUCCAGUGAUCAAGUGCAGCAGCUAUGCCAAAAGUUGGUUCAAACCUAUCCCGAUUUGGAGUUCCAAACUUUACUUCUACAGUGCUCUCAACUUACUAAGGACAAAAGACAAAAAGAGGCUUUAGAUUUACUGCAUAAAUAUGCAGCUCUACAUAAAGAAAAUGCCUUCGCAACUAAAUUCGCAGUUGUACAGUUGUUGCUUUCCCAAGGCAGCCGCAAAGAGGCAAUCGACGUUCUGUUAUCACUUGGGGAAAAAAUGUAUAAGCCUGGCAUCAUAUCUGCAUUAGUAACACUGUAUUUGGGAACGGACAACAAACCAGCAGCUUCCGAGUUGCUUAAAUCAGCUGUUGAGUGGUAUAAAAUGAAUAAUGUGAACAGUGGCGAUUUAAGUGAUAUGUGGCGUCAAGCUGCCGAAUUUCAUUUGCGUGGUGGAGCAUCUGAGACAGCGGCCAGCUCACUCGAAGAACUUCUAAAGCUUAACGCCAAUGAUAUGAAGGUGUUGGCGCAGCUUGUAAUUGCAUAUGCACAAUUUAAUCCAUUAAGGGCUUUGGAGCUAAGUAAACGUCUUCCUAAAUUGGAGACACUUACAACAGCCUCCGAAAUCGACGCAUUAGAGGCGGCAAAUUGGGUUAUGUCUACGAAAGCAGCUAAAAAAUCGGCGAAUGCGAAAAUUGAGCAAUCACCUGCAACUCCAGUUGCUGAGAAAAAGAAAGGUCGCAAUCGUAAACGCAAAGGAAAACUACCCAAGAACUACAACGCCGACAUCCCACCAGACGCAGAGCGCUGGUUGCCCAAAUACGAACGUACAGGCUUUCGUAAGAAGCGUGAUCGUCGAGCUAAGGAUAUUAUUAAAGGUUCUCAGGGUAUGGCCAGUGGAGCAGCUGAGCAAUAUGACAUGUCGAAUCGUGCCAAUCUUAAUAAAAGCUCUCCUGCUACACCUGUAUAUCAGGAGCCAACACCGGGACCACGCCAACAACAUCGUAAGGGUGGUCAUAAAAAGAAGAAGGGUGGUCGUUUUUAAACGUUUACAAUAUAAAUGCACCGUUAAGAAUUUUUUAAACUGCACAAUAUUUCAUUAAAAAUAUAUAUUGAGAAUGUAUUAAGCUAAAUU